AUGGAGCAAAGACUAGACAGCAACUCCACCACACUCGAAGCACGAAACCGAAAAGAGAUCGACAAACUCGUCUCGGCCAACGAGCUACAAGAACACAACAUACGUAAUCAAGAAACCAAAGUCGUCCACAACGUCAACCUGUACUUCAUAUUCCAAGCCGUCGUUCUAGCCUCCAUCACCGCCUCCUCAACCGCCACCUGUCGCCAGUGGUGGGUCCCGUUCACCCUCUCCCUCAUGGCGGCCGUCACGAACCUGCUGGGCUUAUGUGGCGCCGUGUCGCGUGUUCUGAAAUCGAGGGACGAGCUCGACCAGAGCCUUUCGGAUGUGGGCUUCAUGAAACUGUAUCCAAUCACGAAAGAGCAGCUGGCACAGGUCAUGCCCGGGUCGCCCUUGAGUCACGAGGGGAAGGAGAUUGUUCGGCCCAAGGCGUGUGGGUUGAGGAGGUGGAGAAGGUGUUUCGUGGCUUACUUUGUGAUCGGCUUGUUUGUCGGGUUUAGUGGGGUCGUGAUGUAUGGUUGCCGUAGGAUGCUCUGUAAUAGGGGUGAUGGAAAAUGUGUCAAACUCUGUUAA